UAAAGUUAAAACGUUAAAAUCUUAUGCAAACCUGUUCUGAUGAAGAAACAAAUUCAGCUUAAUAUGCAUCAUACAGAAAAUAGAAAAGGCUGUUUAAAGUCAUUUUAUAUAUACUGCAGCACUCUUAUGUCACUUUUCAUGGAUAAUAAUAUACAAAUCAUAGAUUAUAUUUAAAUGCUUAACCUUAUGGGAAUUAAAUUAAAGGCUACUUUGGUGAUGCCAGGUUGCGACUGACCUUAAAAAAAUUAAUGAGCUCAGCUGCUGAAAAACUGUCAAGUGUUUGUUCAGCGCGUAAUUGAAUGUAUGACUGAAUGCCUGACGUGCGUGAACACAGGUACCGGUGGUCGCGUUGGAGUCCUCAGCACCAAUUUGCGCCAUAGCGCAGCGUGCCAUGUGCGUCAGCGCUCAAGUGCAGCAGUCAAACACCUUCUCACAUAACACAUUUAACAGUCACAUAACUCUCUAAGGUAGGAUUUGAUUUACAAUGGCUGAUAACCUUAAUUGCAGCAGCGGUAACUGCUCCAGUGCGCAGGAAGCGUUUGGUUUAUCCGAGGGACACUUUGCGCUCGUGAAAGCUGCGGUUCUUGGGUGCAUUUUCGUGCUGGCAACAUUUAGCAAUUUAUUCCUCCUCCGUGCCCUUUGGAAAAGACGGAAAAGACGGACUCGGACUCAGCUGUUUCUUCUGCACCUGUGCCUGGCUGACCUGGUGGUUGCUUUCUUCCAAGUCCUGCCGCAGUUAUCCAUGGAGAUUACGCACCGGUUCAAAGGCUCCGAUCUGGUGUGCAGAGCGGUUAAGUAUCUUCAAGUGGUCGGGAUGUUCGCGUCCACUUACAUGAUAGUGGCCAUGACCAUAGAUCGAUUUCACGCGGUCUGCAAACCCAUGGUGUCGUUCUUUAGAGGGUCUUUCCGCAGGUAUGUUGCCAUAAGCGCAGCAUGGCUCAUCUCCCUGGCGUUCAGCGCUCCGCAGAUGUUCAUCUUCUCUCUCCAAGAAGUUGAGAAGAAUGUUUUCGACUGCUGGGCGACGUUUAUUGAGCCCUGGGGAAGUAGAAUAUACAUAACGUGGAUCACUCUGUCCGUGUUUGCUCUCCCAGCCGUAAUCUUGAUGUAUUGUCAGAUAAAGAUUUGCGCAGGGAUCUAUUUCAACAUGAAGAGGAAAGCCUUGCAGAGCAGCACAGGUGAUGGGCGCUCCAGCUCUAAAGGGGUAUCGAGCGCAAUGCUGAAGACUGUCAAAAUGACUUUUAUUAUUAUCCUGGUGUACACCCUCUGCUGGAGCCCGUUCUUCGUGGUCCAGCUCUGGUCAGCUUGGAGUCCAAGCAGUGCGCCCACACAAGGGCCAGUGUUUGUCACUAUCAUGCUCCUCGCCAGUCUUAACAGCUGCACAAACCCAUGGAUCUACCUGUACUACAGCUAAAACCUCACGGACACUGAUCACCCACCAUUCCUGCUGCUGAAGACUGCAUGGUCAAAG